AUGAACACAACACAUUCAUCGGGAUCGGAUGCGUCUGGAGAGGAGUCGGACUUGACGGCAGCUUUUAACACGGCACAAAUAAAUGCCACACAUCGACGCAGCUCUACAAUAAAUGAGCCGGAUGAGUUUGACUUGACGGCAGCUAUUAACACGGCACAAAUAAAUGCCACACAUCGACGCAGCUCAAGGAUAAAUGAGCAAGCCACAGUAAGUGAGCACGAUCAAUCAGAUGCAGAGGAAGGUGCAAUUGUAGAGCCAGUUGAGGAAAAUGGCAAUGCACGAGAAGAAGUGCCGCCACCUAGGAACACCCGUCCAAGACGCCGUAAGCAGCGGCAUCCUUUGAGUCGGGCGCAAGCACUCGCACUUGAAAUACGUAAGCUACAGUUGAGUCCAAAUUAUAUGAUACCGCGUUUGUGUUUUGGUCGUGUCGUGCGUGAGUUGUUGAUAAGUCACGGCACCGAUUCAUCCAUACGCAUUACCAUGUCAGCUUUGGAAGCAUUGCAGACGGCAUCUGAAAUGUACCUAACACAACGCUUUCAGGACGCCUACAUGUUGACCAUGCAUCGAGGUCGUGUAACGCUGGAAAACCGAGACAUGGCCCUAAUGGCCUACAUGUGCUCCAAGUUUGGACACCUGUAA